GCGUUUCGGUAUCGUCGAUCGUCGUUGUCCUUUGGUGUGCUGUCGUUCUGCAGACUGAUAUUUUACAAAUCCACUGGUGCCUUUCUGUCUCCGGAAGUCAAACCUAAAUCAACGUCCACAUAAGCAGCGUUGACCCACUUCUGUAAACCACUUAGUGUGUUCGGAUUUUAGAGAGACGUUCUCAUGGUCUGCGGCUGUCCGUGUGUCUGACAGAACGCUACGUGGGUGACGGUUUCUGUUCCACAGUUCCGUUGGUUCCGUGUUUGUAGCAAUAACUUCUCGCAAAGGAAACUAUGGCAGAAUGUGAGCAACAGCCCGGUUCCAACAGUUCGACUAAGAUGACAAUGACUGAGAAGGUUGAACAAGCCCGCCAGUACAAAAAGGAAGGCAACGAGCUGUACAAGGAGAACCGUCCCAGGCAGGCCCUGGGCAAGUACCACCGGUGCUUGCUCUACAUCAAGGCGGUGGAAGAGGGAAAAAGGCUGCCCAUCAUGCCAGAGCCACGGGAGGUGCUUCCCAUCCAGCUCAAAGACGAGGUCAUGCGCAUGCGGGCGGACUGCUACAACAACUUGGCCGCCUGCCUGCUACAGAUGCCCCAGUGCGACCACCGCAAGGUGAUCACCUACUGCGACCUGGCCCUGGCCGUGGACCCCCGAAACGUGAAGGCCCAGUACCGCAAGGCCGUGGCCCACUACAACCUCGGAAACUACGACGUGGCCGCCGGCAUCCUCGCAGACGCCAAGAAGCUGCUCAAGCACCCAGAUGCCAACAUCAACAGGUACCUCGAGCUGUGUGCAGAGAAAGAAAAGCAGUACAACAAGGAGUGUAAAAAGCUGUACGAAAAGAUGUUCGACUGAUCCCGGAGUCGCAGCUCAGUACCGGUUCAGCGUUUGUCGAGAAGACACAACUCAGCCAAACUGCCACACGCUCAAGUCAAGAGUCUCGACGACACAAUUGCUGCCGACGUUCGCUGGGCUCUUUCUGUCGUUGCUUUCGGCAUAUAGGUAAUUUAAUUUAUGUUAAUGCGUGAUCUCUUCCUCGCAUUUUAUUUUUGGUUAUCCUUCGAGAGCAGCAGAGCAUGAUAGACUUUUCAGCGUCUUAUCUGCACCAAGUGAGGACAAACUUGCAUAUUGUGCUUGUUGGUGUGUUUGUGUUUUUAAGCUUUUGUAACCUUUUCGGGUUUACAUUAUUAAAGGCAAUGUGAUGAGAAGAUAUAUUUUAAUGAGAAGAUGAAUGUUCCAAAGGGCAGCCUGUGACUCGAAAUGUUUGUUCACUUUUAACCCAAAGUGCUACGAAGUCUUGACCUUCUUUCUGGGCGUUUCAUCUGCAUCUUCAUCGUCUGAAAGCAAUCACAAUAAAGCAUGUUCAUUAAGAUA